AUGCUUGGACGCCGUCUUGCUGGAAAAUAUGAAAUACUGAGCAAGAUUGGUGCAGGAUCGUUUGGUGAGAUAUAUACUGCUAAAAAUUUGCAAAAUGGUAAAACCUACGCGAUAAAAUCCGAACCAGCUACAUCUACUGCUCCACAACUACUCAGAGAAACUCGUAUAUAUAAAUUGCUUAAUGGUGAAGCUGGCUUUCCCAACUGCUAUGGCUAUUUCAUUGACGAUGAUUUUAAUUGUCUUGCAAUGGAUCUUUUAGGGAAAUCCUUAGAAACAUAUCAUACUAUCGCACCUCAAGUUUUUGACGUUCCUACUGUUGCGACUUUAGCUUAUCAAAUGAUUUCUCGCGUCCAAUUUCUUCAUUCAAAAGGUUUCAUCCACCAAGACAUUAAACCAGAUAAUUUCGUGCUUGGGCAAGGAAAGGAUAACAAUAUUAUAUACUUAAUAGACUUUGGUUUGUCAAAACGUUAUAUCGACGUUAAAACUAAAAGCCACAUCCAAUAUAGAGAAGGGCGCUCAUUAACAGGAACAGCAAGGUACGCUUCAUUAAAUACACAUUUAGGCAUAGAACAAAGUAGAAGAGAUGAUAUAGAAAGUAUAGCAUACGUUCUUGUUUAUCUUUUAAAGGGUAAACUCCCUUGGCAAGGCAUCAAAGCUAAAACGAAAAAGGAAAAAUAUGAGCAUAUCGCUCAGAAAAAAUUUGCAACAAAUGCAGAGAUGUUAUGCGAAGGACUUCCCCAAGAAUUCAUAGCGUUUGUUAAUGAGGCAAGAAAACUUGAUUUUACGGAGCGUCCUAAUUACGAAAAAUACAGAGAGAUGUUUAAAAAUUUAAUUCUUAAAGAAGAUUAUGCUUUCAGCAUUUCUAGAUUAACCACAAUUUCAGUACCAGAUGUCAUCGAUUCCGUUGCUAGCCAAGAUAUGAUAGCAGAAAAUAAUAAUACUUCGGCUUCAAAUGAUAAACAGCCAGAUCUACUUACUGAACGAUUAAUGUACCCAGAAAGGACUUCUAGUACUCCUAUGAUUUACAAAAAUCCUUCUCAGAAAUUUGAACAUCAAGCUAUAUUUGGUCAUAACUCCUUCUUGCAUAAGUUGCCUUCUGGAAGGAAGUCUCUUAGACCUACCGAAACUUUUUUAUAA